UUUGGACAGAAAGACAAGGGGAAUAAUAGAAGUAGCUAUCGAUCAAUUUGGAAGGAAAAUGGUUGUGUGGCCUGAGAAUAAAGAGAAGAAAGAGUUUGGACACAAUCAUAUAAAAAAUUCCUUCUUUGCGUUUCCUGCACUGUGAAUAUUAUUUUUAGGGUUUCUGAUCAAUUUUCCUUAACUGUAUCCUUCAGAUCCAAUACCGUUGUGUCCUUGUUGCUUUUUUGGGGGUGUAUUUCUGUGUUCUUUUGGUAAUUAACACUUAUGGGGUCUCUGGGUUCUAUUUUUAGAAACUCAAUUUAUCAUGUUUUUGGGAAUUUUUUUUGUAUAUAUCCUUUUGGGGUUCAUCUAUAAUUUGCUUUUUCUUCAGAACUUCUUUGGGGUUUUCAAAGUUGACUAUCUCCUGGGUUUUCUUCGUUGUCACCGGACGUUCUUCAUAAAUCUGACUUUUUUUCUAGUGUUAAAGUACUUCUUCAAAUCUUCCUGGGUGCAGGCAAAGCUACGACAUGGUGAGAGGGAAGAUUGAGAUGAAAAGAAUUGAGAAUGCCGCAAGCCGGCAAGUGACCUUCUCCAAACGUCGAAACGGCUUGUUAAAGAAAGCUUAUGAACUUUCGGUUCUUUGCGAUGCAGAAGUUGCAGUCAUCAUCUUCUCCCAGAAAGACAAGCUCUAUGAGUUCUGCAGCUCUGACAUGCGAGAGACUCUAACACGAUACCGUAAAUAUGCAAAAGAUCAUGAGCAAACCAACAAGGUUGAAGUGGAGCAACAUGUGCAGCACUUGAAGUAUGAAUCAGCUAUUAUGGCCAAGAAGAUUGAGAUCCUAGAAGCUACUCAAAGGAAGCUUUUGGGAAAUGAUUUGGAUUCUUGCCUUGUUGAAGAACUCCAAGAGAUGAGUAGCCAGCUUGAACGAAGUUUACGUAGCAUAAGAGAGAGAAAGGCACAAUUAUUCAUGGAGCAGAUGGAACAACUAAAGGCAAAGGAGACUCUCCUCUUACAAGAGAAUGCAAAAUUACGUCAACAGAGUGGUGCAAAGCUGUGGAUGGAGCAUUCAGCUCAAGAAAAAGGAGCUUCUACUUCUUUAAGCUAUGAAAAAGCAGGAGUUUCUGCUUCUGUAAACUACAGGAGCCAAGGUAGCAUGAGUUCUGAGGUGGAGACCGAAUUGUUCAUUGGACCGCCAAUAAUGCGUGCUGUUGGUGCAUCACAGCCUAGGUCAACAUAUAUCAGAUAAAUAACAAUGUUUGUCACUCAUCUCUAAAGAAAAUGCCAUAACAAUUAAAAUAAACAAAAAAAAAAAAAAAGGCGAUGGAUACCCAUCUGUUGUGGGCCGUGCUCUCAGAUUAAUAAUACUAAUAAGGUCAAACAAUAAAAGAUCAAAGAAGUUAUAAUUUCCUGACUUUUGAGCCUGUUGUAUAAUUUUAUGUAUAUGUUAGCCCCACUUUAUUUGCUAUCAAUGUAUGAGUAAUGGUUGAGGAGA